AUGGACUCCCUUGGCGCAUCUGCCGAGGCCGACGGGGAGCUCCGCGACGCUAGCCACAGACCGCAGUGUGCCUUUUCUCCACACCUCGCCGCUUCUUCUGCUUCGUUUCGCAUCGCUUCCACACGAAACGCCGCGAGCUCAGCAGAUACCCUCCAACCCUCGCUACCUAGAACUUCCGCGUCUGACCAUCCCCAGUCUGGAAACUCAGAGUAUGCAACUCCCAAAGGGUCCAAGCGUGGCAAAAAGACACCCGAGACCUUCGCGCGAUCUCCAAGCCAGGGAGGUAGUCGCCUUGACUCCGACGGAGGUCGGCGGACCAUCCAGGGUCGACCUACCCCGUGGCGCGAGGCAUCUGGUCAGGACUUUGAGCCGGAACCUUCUCGAUUCCAUGUGCCGAGGCCGUCGCAUAGGCGCGACGACCUUCUGACGCUGCCAGGGGUCGCCGGCGCCGUCUGCGCUUGUCUGCUUGAGCUCCAAGCUGCGCAUGCAGAGGGCGGAUGGGAGGAGAUCUACAGUCUCUCUGGAGAGCUGCGAAAGGCGCUCCUCGUGCCGACGCCGCCCGAGCAGUCCAGGAAGCCUGCCGACACCGGAGCAGGUGUCCCAGUCCGCGCAGAAGAUGGAAGAAGCAACGGCAGCCAGGGCCUCGAGGAUCGCAGCGGAUCCCUGGAGAGAAGACGCCUGAGACCCGCAGGGGGCGCGCAUCCGUCUGCGUCGUCACCGUCUCCACGGCCCUCCUCAGGCGUCACCAUCGACCCCGAGACAGAGGAACCCACGGGCGGGAGCCAUGAAGCAACGGGUGGACCUCACCCGGAAGAAAAUUCCCCGCGCGUGUUGGUUCGCUCGAGACGCGCUGGAGACAACUGUCAGAUAUCGGGUGGGGGGGUGCUUUCGAGUCCGCCUAUCUCUGGCGCCGGGGUCACUUCGAAAGGAAGCGCCAGCGAGAGGCUCCCGAAUGGGCCGCUACCCCUCUCGCGAGGGUCCCCAGGCUUGGCGGAAGCGUCGUCGGGGGUCUCGCGGGGGUCGCGCGACUUCUUCGUGGGCUCCACUGCCUCCUUCCGGCAAAGCUCCUCUGCCGUGUUUCAACAGAUUCGCUCCUCUCUGCGCAGCGCGCAUGCAAGAAGAGAAAGAAGUCCCAAAGCAGACGGAGACGACGAGUCCGGCGACGACUUCGUUUGGCUCGUCACGAAGCAGAAGGACGAUAACGAAAAAAAGACUCGCCGCUUCGCUCGACUUCGACACGACGCGAUUCUGUGUUUUUUUCAAGCCGAGGUCGACGCCUGUCUCCACCUCGGGAAGUUCGACGAAGCCGAGGCGCUGCUGAAGGAAUUCCUCGAACGAGGGGUCCAAGAAGGCAUUCAGAGUUUCGCCGCAACCCGUCAGGCCCUCGCAGGCCUCGCGCCGCCGCUCAGGGCCCUCUGGACCCGCAGAAAAAAGGCCCCCGAGACAGGCGUGGAAGGUGGUGACUGUGUGGGGCGGAGGCAGACAGCGUGCGGCGGGGAUGGGGCGGGGGUGGAGCCAGCAAAUGCGCAACAUGGAAGUGCAUGCAGCAGAGAUUUGACAACGCAUUCUAGGUGCUUGGAAGCCGAGGCGCGAAUACGCAAGGCUUCCAGGGAGACAGCCUGCGACAUGCCCGCAUUCUCUCUCAUCCCUUUCUUUCAAACGGCGAAUUCGUUGGUGGGACAACCGCGUCAUCUGCGCAGUGCACCUUCCACACUGCCUGCAUUGUUCUCUUCUUCGUUGUGUCCUCCCGUCCCUCAUUUUCCUCCACUCGAUGUCUGGCUCUUAUGGGUGAAGACGCUCCUUCGGGUCGCCUCCUUCGGGGCUCUACACGAGGCUCUGCUCGCGGCGCCUUUGCCGGCGAUCUGGGCCUUGCUUGGGACGUGUCUCCCUCCUUUCGGAGGCGCCGGGACACCGCGCGCGGCUCUGCUUAAUCCGCUUCAGCCCGUUUUGUCUCUAUUUCUCUCCGCGAGUCCUCCACCUGUGGAGAUGCCAGGCGACCGUUGCGACAGCCCCCUUGCCUCUGCAUGCUGUCUCCGCGGCUCGAACCCUGACGGCCCCGGACUGCAGGUGGCCGACCUCUCGGAACUUGGGCGUCGCCCGGACUGCCUUUCUGGAUGCGCGACACGCGACGCGACUCCCUUCGUCUUCUUUUCCCCCUUCUUCUUCUUCAGAAACUUUGCGCGACUCUCUGCGCCUCGUCAGGUUCUGGUCCUCGAGGCCCUGGGAACGGUCGGGCUCCUCUGCAGCCUUACGCGUCUCCACGCAAUAGCUAGGGGCUUCUACGAGCUUCUGCUUCUUCUCGCAUGUCCCCUCCGUGUCCUGCUGGCAAAGCGGCGCUUCCCGGAACUUCCAGUCGCGGCUGGGGGCCUCCUGUUGCGGCUCCAGGCGCAGCAGUCCCGCGCGCAUGCAGUUGGGCUCCAGACUCUUUGGCUCGCCGGGCUGCGGUCUCCGUCCCCGGGGGCCACAGACGGGCCGGAUGUUGCUUUCGACCUUCUCGUCCGGGGUUGCUGGGACGUCCCCAGAGUUCCGCGCUCUUCCCCUCACCCCUCGUUUGAAAGUCUCUUUUUAGCCUUUCUUCCCGAGUUCUUGGAGUCUUUCUGGGACCGUCGGAGACACAGGCGCCUCUCGUCACCCUCGGGCCGCCUGGACGCUGUGCUUGAUUUUGCGGAUAUCCAGAGCCUUGCGUGCAGUCACUCCCGGCUGUCUCGCCCCCUGGCCUCAGAGGCCUGCUGCGCCCGCGCACCCCAAUGCCGCUCCAGACUGUGGCUGUCGCGCGUGGAGCCCCGCGAGUCCCAGGAGCCCGCUGUCCGCCGAGCCGGGUCUGCGGCUCUACGCAGGGGCUUCUCGUUUCGUCACGUUUUUCUUGGAGGUGAGCAAACGCAGCACGAGACUAGGAGGCACCGGCUCUCUCCUGUUCGCGUCUCCGGCACAAACGACACGCUGCACCCCGAGGGUCACCCGGGGUCGGAGGCCCGCGAGUCUGUCUGCACCGGGCCGAACCGACCCUCGGUCCCCACUUCGCAGGCUCUCUCAGUCGCGUCGUCGCUGACCCCCCGCGGGGACGGGAAGGUGCAUGCCUGCGCCCCUGAGAUUCGUCAGGCCCCGACGGCAGUGGCCUCGAGCCUUUGGACCGUAGCCGCGGUCGAGCGGAGUCUCCACCAGUGGCGAACAGAUGCUGCAGACGGCGGCUUCCUCCGGGGCCUGCUGGCCGACCCCGUCGUCCCCUUCGACAGGGGAACCCUCAGAGGUCUCGGAGCCAUCCGCCGUCGCGUGUGGCUCGCUGCCCAGGACCUGGUACUGGGCCCAGAGGCCUCGCUCAGUUCCCAAAGCCCUCUGAGUCGCCGGCUGGCCCUCUGGAGGAUCCAUCAAGAGGCCCAGACGGCGCGCGAGUUGCAGGGACUCGCCGCCGAGGUCCGCGGUGAAGGGUCCAGGCUCUCAAGUGCCUCGUUUUGCGGCCCAAGUGCAGGGCGCUCCCCGGAGGCCGGGGGGCCAACUGACGCGCUCGACGGUAGGUGGGUCGGGAAAGCCGUGCGCCGCGCGGCCUCGACUGCAGGCUCUGGAGGCCGUGAGUCUGUCUACGCGUCGAUCCGAAGGGCCCUCACAAAGACCAUCAAGACCUCAUUGCUGGGAUUGCCGGAAGAGACGAAAGAAGCAGACGAGAACGGAGAUACCCGAAAAGCCCGCUGUGACCUGAGUCAGCACAUGGGCAGACUCGCGUCGCCACCCCACGAGGGCCCUUCGCCGCGCGCGUCGCCGCAGGCCUCCUGGGAGGCGCAGGAUGGGGGCACCGAGAGAGGAGGCCCCGGGACUGAGCCAGGGGGCGAUGAGAGCCCAAACGUUUUGUGGGGCGCCUUGAGCCUUGCAGACGCCGGCGAAGAAAUCCCGGCCCUAUCCUGCAUGCUUGCGGAUCCCACGGCCCUGGCGGGGGAUAUAGGCCCUGUCGGCCGAGAGGGGACAGGCACCCACAGGGCCCAGUCUGCGGGCAAGCGGACUCUGUUUGCGGUAGGUGGAGUGUGUGAGGAGGCUGCGCGGAGGCUGCAUUUCGGCGGAUCUCUUCUCGCCUUUUUGCCCUCAUGCGCGCUCGACGCGCGGUUCGUGUUCUCUCUCCAUCUGCAGCAACUAAAGGAAUUUGAAAGCUACCGCCCAUGCCCCUUCAAGCGCAGCCGCCUCGCCAGUCUCCUCGCCCUCUGCUGCUGUCGCCCUGGGGACGGACUCGAAGACCCGCUGAAACUUUACGCCUCAACGGUGGUUCGCGACCUCCGCUGGCUAGAGGGAAAGGCCCCUGGGCCAUACCGCGGAGCGAAGCUUCAAGCGGCGGGUCUGCGAGCUCUUGCAGACGCCUCACCAGUCCCUGAGGACCGAGGCCCCGAAACGACCGCCCCGGAGACAUGCCGAGGUGGGGCGAGGGAGCGGGGCGCGGCCUGCCGUCUCCUGUCUCCGAAGCCGUCGAGCCCUCUUGCGGAGGCUUCCAGGCGGGCUGCCCGGGCACUCGAAGCCACUGCGGAAUCCGCGAGAAGAGAAGGAUGGGGAGGGACAGGGCGUCGCACGCCGGGCCAGCGAAGGGAAGGCGAGAACCACGGUGACAAAGAGACAGAGAUCCUAGACGGAACGGAACGAACGGCUGCGCUAGCCGGGAGAGCAGUCGCCCCGGCGGACGGACAAUGGGGGAACACGGGGGUCGAUGGAGACGGGGACGAGGCCGACGAUGAGAACGGCGAACGAGCAGAAGAGGAAAAGGCCCUCGUGUGGGGCGGAGGGACUCGUGUGGGGUCGGCAGUUAUCAACAGUCUCCUGGCCUUCCUCCUGGAAACAAGUGAGCUGACUGCACUGCACCUUCUCCCCUACGCUGCUUAUUCUUUCCAGAGCGGCGAGCGCGUCCUUGCGCUGCGCUGGACAGGCCCGAAGGAGGCAGUCUCCUCGAGGGGCACGCCUUCGGAGGCGACCGGCGAGCCCUGGAGCCGCGCAUGCAUCGUGAAAUGUGGGGUGCCUGGCGGCGGCAGGGGCGCCAGGGGUGGCGACUCAGCCGGGGCCCCUGGAAUCGGCGUGGCACUCCCGCAGCUAGCUUCCCUGUUAGAGCAGACAGCCUUGUUGUCGCUGUCGUCGAAAUUCAACGAGAAUCUGAUGCAGCGGCUUCUCGAGCGUCUUGCCCUCACGCAGUUUCUCCAGGGGAACUUCCAGCUGUCUCUGGCGGCCUUCGAACAGCUACAGGAGCGAAGCAAGUCGACGUUGCGAUCCUUCGAGGACGCGGACGGUGUUCGGCUUAUAGACGGAGAGGCCUGUGAGGAGCUAUUCGGAGCAGGCAACUCGGGAUGUUUCUCCUUAGGCUUCGUUGCCUCGGUAAAAGCGACCCUGUUGCUCGCCUAUCUUCAGCGACCGGUCACGGCAGGGCUUGUCUUGGCCGAGGCACUUUCAGAAGUCGCGUCGAGGCAGAGAGCUCGAGUCAAAGAGAAAGAAGCCGAAAGUCGAGGAGACGCUCUAGUUAUGCCGGUUGAACAGGCGCCUCGGGCGGAGGCGAAGGAGACCCCUGGAGAGCGGUUGCUGCCUGAUUUGGUGCCCGGGGCCAGCGAGCAAGUGGAAAAAGAAGAGAAAAGAAACGAAUCUGAGAGAAACUCAGGGGGAGAUAGACGGAAUGGAGGAAGAGAGCGCACGAACUCGAAGGCUUCCGAUCUUUGCGUAAGUCGACCCCAGAGAAGCCCCAUUGUGAGAUGUCGUCCCUUUCGAUCGCUUCGUCCCCCUUCUUCGUUUGAAAGAGACGAGGCAGCAACUGUUAAUCUUCUUCUUCUUUUGGGGCAAGCCGCUCUUCUGCAGGCUCGCCAGACUCGUCUCUUCGACGUGCCGCCGAGUCUGCUGCCUGCCGAGCCGCUGCCGUGCUCCUCUUCGGCGAACAGUGUCUCGCAGCUGGUGGUUGAAAAGGAGACCUCUGGGGCUCCAGAGCGCGCGCGGGGAACCGAGGCGGGCCUGACGGCCGCCCAUGCGGGCCGCGCGGGCGGCGGAGACAAGGCGACCGCCACAUCCCCGGCCUCUGCCGCUAACAAGAAGGAAAGCAGCGGCUUUCUUGAGUUUCGCUUCGGAGACGAGAGAAAAGCGGAGAUUGCCACGUACCCCAAUCUCGUCAGUCGGGCCUUCCGGUGUGGGGCCUCUGCCCUGCGGCUCUGGGGCGGAGCCGUCGACUCCCGGGUCUGGGCGCUGCUCGCCUCUACUGCAAUGCAUGCAUUUGACCUGCCAGCAUGCGCCGAAUUUUCUAGAAAGGCCCUCCUUCUCGACCGCAGAGACACCCGCGCCUGGCUCAUGCUCGCCUGGUGCCACUCGGGGCGCCUCCCCGUCCUGCCGCCUUCCCAUGAAACUCAGAGCACAGUGAGCGCCGCGGAGACACCCUCGGAGCCCGGUUAUGGGCUCGAAGGCCAGAGACAGCAAGAGACGCGCGGGAGGUCUGGGACUGUGCCGCACAGGGCGGGUGCCGCAGCCGACAGAGUUGGAGACAUCAACCGCGCCUCAGGCGACAGUGUGUGCGGUAUCGGGGUGGCGAGUCCUUGGUCUCGCUUUCCAGCCGCACCAGUGCUCGACGCCUGUCUCCUCAAAAACUCAGGGGCCUCAGCUGUCUCUGCCGUCACGCAGGGUCUCUCCGUCGAUUCCGGAAUCGUCCCGUUUCUCUCCGUCUUGAGCAGCGCCCUCGAGGAGCACCCCACAAGUCUCUCUUUAGUCAUCGCCAAGACGUGGACUCAGGCACGACACUCGCCUUCGUUUCGUCUCUUCAGCUUCGGCGAGUGUCUCGGAAGCGCCCUUUGGGAUGCCGAUCCUCCGCCGUCUGACCCUUUCAACAGCCUCCGUCCUCCUCUCUCUCCGGGAAGAAGGCGAGCACGGGAGACAGUCAAUCCAUGCGUUCAUAACGCCUGCGACGAGGCCGCGGGUGGAACCUCAGGUGUCUCGAGCGUCUCCGGGGGGCCCACACGACGGACUUGGGCGGUAGGAUCUGAGGAGCCUCACGGGGCUUUUGAUGCUGACUGCGGGUCUUGGAACAACUCCUCGUCCGUCGUGAACGGAGACAGACGAGUCGCGAGGAGUGAGGGGAAGAACGAACCUUUUGAAGGGCAGACGGUCCCAGGCGGCCGCCACACCUAUGGGGCUGCUUCCCUCGCUGGCGUCUCCGAUGGUGCCUACACCAGUUACGAGUUGUUCUGGCUAGCUGAGGAGCGGCGACAUGCGGCCCUCAGUCUGGACACCGACGACGGGUGUGCGCGGCCUUUUCUUCCUUCUUAUUCGAACAGCCUCGGUGGGCUUUUUUCGCAUGCAUGCGCCCCGGCCAGCACCCCCGAAAGUGGAAGCAGCGCGCUUGGAGACAGCUCUGGAUUGGCGCAUUCUCCGCCGUUGGCGCAUGCGCGUGUGCUUCCCACCGCCGGCGCCCAGCAACGCGACAGAGGCUCUGGAUUUGAGAGACUGUCAGAGCCCGGCAGGUGGAGUCACUCGCGUCUCUCAUCUUCUUCUCUGUCGGCGUUCCCUGUUUCGUCGUCGCUUUUGGAAAUGCAGCGUUCACAUGAGAGAACGCGUCGUUCGCCGUCCUUUCAGGCCUUCUGGGGUUCGCGGCUCUUCUCUGUUGAAGCGACUGUAUGCGACAUGGCGGCCUUUUUCUCCGCUGUACGACGAGACAUCCACAGGAGCAGCCUCACCUCCGCAGCGGGGACACCCUGCUGCUUCAGCUGCCAUGCCUCUCGCCAUGUCCACUUGCUUCCCUGCGCCAUGCAUGCACUGCAGCGCCUGAGCGCCGAACUCGCCACUGAGCACCAGCGCGCUUCCUCCUCUCCAUGCCUCUCUGUCGGGCCUCGCUGCGGCGCCGGUGCCCGACCUCCAGAGAUGUCGCAGAUGCGCUCUGCCCUCCGUUGUUCUUCUCCUUGCUCUGGAUGCGACGCGAGGCAUCGGCGAUUCGUUGGCCGCGACAACUCGCUUUCUUCCGUGGCUUGUGCGGCCGCUUCUGGCGACGGAGCCGCAGCAGGUCAGGGUCUGAGGGAGGUGGAGACACUGUGGGAGGCCGUCCCUCCUGCCGACUCAGGAGACAUCCGAGUCGCCAUCUCAUCUACCUUCGGAACCGCAUGUUUGCUCCACGACUGCACAGGCGAGUUCGCGUUCUACGAAGCGGCGAGGAAGCUCGAGGGGGGGACGCCAGCAACGGUGCGUCGGAAGACAGAGGCCCACCCUGGCGCCACUGCCUCACUGACUGAUCAGGGCAGUCCGCUCUACUCGGGGCUCACACCGCCCGUGUCUGGCGGCCAGGGAGCUGCAACGUGGAGACACCCGGGAGGAAGGAAGAGUUCCCUUGGCCUCGGAGGCGUGAUGGACGCGAAACACAUCGAAAGAGAGACUGCAGGAUGGAUGGCCCUGGUCGAACUGCUUUGUCACCUCGGGGCAGCGUCCGCCUGCGUUCGAGCGGCUCUCCAAAUUGCGGAGCUCUUUCUCCACUGUCUCCGCGGGGUCGCUGCGACGCCGGUCGUGCAGCCCAACACUGGGAGUCCCCGAGCGCGCUCCCCUGGAGGGCCGCGCCGGAGAGGAGGCGCAGAACGCAAGAGCAGCAAGAGAAGAGACGAACACUCGAGUCCGCGACGCAGACGCCACUCAAGUGUGGCGUUCUCCACGAAGCGCGCGGGGCGCCGCCGAACCGGGAGCGCCUCGAGCUGGCGAGGAGACGCUUCGCCUUAUCGCCAUGAAGCCGACGGCCUCGGGCAGGGACACAGUGACGUCGUGUGCCAGCGGUGUGGGGUCUUAGGCCCAGCAGCCGCAGAGGAACUCCUGGAUCGCGCGUCACAGUUGCAUGCCUGGUCGGCCUCGUCGGAACACUUGGCUGGGCGCGGAGACACUCCGGAGACAGGCUCGUUGGGGUCCAUGGGCCCUCGCGGGACUUCGAGAGACAGUUGUCUGUCAGCAGCCCCGAAGCACGGCCUCCAUGCCGCAGUGGUUUCGAACGCGAGCCCAGUGUCACGGGCCGCAGCCGAAGGAUGGUCGGCAGGAGAGUUUCUUGGAGUGAAGCUCGAGUUUCUCCGGCUGUAUGCGGACUAUUUCUGCGCCGAAGAAGAAGAGAGUAUGAGGGCGGAGGCGGAGGCUCAAGCCUGUCCUCCGCUCCAGGGUGCCUUCGCGCCUCCGGCCGCGACACGGAGUUCGCCACCUACCUCCACUCUCUCCCAUCUACAAGCCGACGUCGUGGACGCCAGCGAGCGUCGGCAUCACUCUGACCCUCACUCUUGCAGCUCCUCGUUCGAUGGCAUUUUGAGAAAAGCGUCAAAGGUUUUCACAGGUCACGAGAAACUUCCUUCGCUUCGUCUGUCGGGAUUUCGCUGGACUCUCCACAAGACUCACGAGGCCGAGGGGGGCAUCGUCCGGGCCACCUCGUGCUGGGACGAGGGGCUCUGGGGCUCAGGAAUGCCAAGGCCCUGCACCCCACAGAGCCCAGGUGACAAAGGAGACACCUGUUGGGCGGAGCACCCCGGCGCCCCUGGCGAAAGUGUCUCCUUCGCGGGUCUCACCGCUGCAGCCGCCGCGGCGCUGGCGACCGGCGCGGGCCUGUCUCCUGCCGGGCCUUGGAGACACCCCUGUGAGGUGGGCCCCACAGGACUGCCCCCCGCCGCGAGCCCCAGGUGUUUAAACAACCUGUUGGAGAGAGUUCGCGGCUUCCGGUGCAUGCACCCGCACUCGCGCCCGGCGCAGCUCCUCGAGGCUCGGCUCCUGUACAGACAGCGGGCCCUGGGGAGCUGCCUGCCCCUGUUGGAAGGCCUCGUCGACCUCGACACUCAAACCAUGUAUCUGGACGGAGACACGGACUUUCUCCAGGAGGCCCUCGCAGCGUAUCUUUACGGGAAAUGUCUGCAGGCGCUGGGCCAGUUUGACAAAGCCUCCAGAGCUUUUGAACGAGCUAUGCGCCUCUACUUCAACGCCCCGAUGAUGAACGCCGGUUUGGUGGAAACGAGCGUCCUGACAGGGCCUUCGCUCUUGGGGUGA